AUGGCCUUAUUUCUCUUGUUUUUUCCCUGUUUUAAGCCCUUCAGUUUUCAGAAUACUGUGAAUGAGUACUAUGUGGACAUGACUCUCAUAAAUUCAAAGCCACUUUAUGGAACUGUGUAUCGGUUUUGGAUUCGAAAUAUUGUGACCGUAUUUGUGCCUUUUUUUCUACUUACACUCAUCAACUUUCGAACACUUGUCAGUCUGAAGGCACAAUUGAAGCAGGCCAAAGAAAAUGAUACACGACGAUUUUCUAUGCGUUGUGAAAGCAAGAGUAAAGUCCGCUCAGCUACGUGGACACUUCUUCUGGUCUGCCUACUGUACCUCCUCGCUAAUCUACCAAAUGUCAUUGUGACAGCUUGGGAAUUCAUCGACAUGAAGUCUUUGCAGACUGAGUUCUAUGAAAUUUAUAUGUUCUCGACGGAUCUCGUCUCAUUACUGGUCGUUACCGCUUGUGCCAUGCGCCUGCCAAUCUAUAUGCUGUGCAAUCCUGAACUACGACGGGUGGUUACCCACACAUUGCAGCUGCAUGUGAUGAAACCAAAGCUUAAGCCGUGUAAAUCGGAAUACUUGUAA